UUGGCAAGGAGUUCCCACCGUGAGAUCGAGAUCGCCUCCUCUCUCCGUUUCCUUUUAUUUCCCGAUUCGCUCGGCGUCUCGGCGGCGACCUUGCGCGAGCGCGCGAUGCGGUGAAAAAAAAAUCAUCGCCCGCGACAGAGUACAUCUGUCCCUUCCGCAUAAGGCAACGUCGCUAUAAAUACUGCCAGCCUCUUCGUUCGUUUCCAUUUUUCCUCGUCCGCUCGCUCUCGUUCAUGUACAAAUAGGAGGGCGCAUGCACCUUGUUUGCCAUUAGCUCUCGACGUAGCCUAGAGCGCAAGCAGCAGCAGCAGCUAGAUUGGUUGGUUGCCAAUGAUCCCGGCCAUCUCCCCGAUGAUGGACGGCGCCGCGCCUCUGCUUCCCGAGACGAGCCCCGAGAGCCGCCAGCAACGUGAUCCGGAGAGGGGGAAGAGGCGGACGCCGGUCCUCCCGGCCGUCGUCGCGUCCGCCGUGGUCCUUCUCGGCCUCGCGGCGCUCUUCCUGGUGUAUGGAUUUCACGACGGUGGAGACGGGAGGGCGGCCGUACUCGCGCCCGGCACCGUGGAGGUCGCGGCCUCGUCGUCCCGCGGCGUCGUGGAGGGCGUCUCGGAGAAGUCCACCACCCCGGCGCUGCGCCUCGGCGGCGGCGCGGUCCGGGACUACGCCUGGACCAACUCGAUGCUGUCCUGGCAGCGCACGGCGUUCCACUUCCAGCCCCCCAACAAUUGGAUGAACGAUCCGAACGGUCCACUGUACUACAAGGGAUGGUACCAUCUGUUCUACCAAUGGAACCCGGACUCGGCCGUGUGGGGGAACAUCACCUGGGGCCAUGCCGUGUCGCGCGAUCUCAUCCACUGGCUGCACCUGCCGCUCGCCAUGGUGCCCGACCACUGGUACGACAUCAACGGCGUCUGGACCGGCUCGGCGACGCAGCUGCCCGACGGCCGGAUCGUCAUGCUCUACACCGGCGCCACGGAGGAGUCGGUGCAGGUGCAGAACCUGGCCGAGCCGGCCGACCCGAACGACCCGCUGCUGCGGGAAUGGAGCAAGGCGGAGGCGAACCCGGUGCUGGUGCCGCCGCCGGGCAUCGGGCUGACGGACUUCCGCGACCCGACGACGGCGUGGCGCAACCCGGCCGACUCGGCGUGGCGGAUCACCAUCGGGUCCAAGGACCGCGACCACGCGGGGCUGGCGCUCGUGUACAAGACGGAGGACUUCCUGCACUACGACCUGCUGCCCACGCUGCUGCACGUCGUCAAGGGCACCGGCAUGUGGGAGUGCGUGGACUUGUACCCGGUGUCCACCUCGCCGGCCGUCGAGGACGGGCUCGAGACGUCCACCCCGCCGGGGCCCGGCGUGAAGCACGUACUCAAGGCCAGCCUCGACGACGACAGAAACGACUACUACGCCAUCGGCACCUACGACGGCGAGACCGAUACCUGGACGCCGGACAACGCCGACAUCGACGUCGGGAUCGGGCUCCGGUACGACUACGGCAAGUUCUACGCGUCCAAGACGUUCUACGACCCCGUCGGGCGGCGUCGCGUGCUAUGGGGGUGGAUCGGCGAGACCGACAGCGAGCGGGCUGACAUACUCAAGGGCUGGGCCUCCCUUCAGUCAAUUCCGAGGACAGUUAUGCUGGACACGAAGACUGGCAGCAACCUGCUCCAGUGGCCGGUGGUGGAGGUGGAGAACCUCCGUAUGCGCGGCAAGAGCUUCGACGGCCUCGACGUCUCUCCCGGCUCCGUCGUGCCGUUGGACGUCGGCAAAGCAACACAGCUGGACAUCGAGGCCGUGUUCGAGGUGGACACUUCGGCAGCCGACGGUGUCGUCACGGAGGCUGGAGCAGCAGCAUACAGCUGCGGCACGGGCGGCGGUGCGGUUGGCCGUGGCUUGAUGGGCCCGUUCGGGCUUCUCGUGCUGGCCGAUGAUCAGUUGUCGGAGCGGACGGCUGUCUUCUUCUACCUGGUCAAGGGAGUCGACGGCAACCUUACAACCUUCUUCUGCCAAGACGAGCUCAGGUCAUCAAAAGCAAACGAUCUAGUUAAGAGAGUCUAUGGCAGCUUGGUACCUGUGCUAGAUGGCGAAAACCUGUCAAUAAGGAUUUUGGUUGAUCACUCCAUAGUUGAGGGCUUCGCUCAAGGAGGGAGGACAUGCAUUACCUCGCGUGUGUAUCCCACCAAAGCCAUCUACGAGUCGGCCAAAAUCUUUCUUUUCAACAAUGCCACAAAUGUUAGAGUCACUGCCAAAUCGCUAAAGAUUUGGGAGCUGAACUCUGCUUACAUCCGUCCAUAUGUAGACUAGAUCAUUUUUAAUGUAAUGGGAAUGAAUGAUUUGUCUACAUUUGUUAGUUAUGUUUUUAUAGGCUAAUUUAUCUUUUUUGCUUCCUUCUUUAUGUCAAACUACAACUAUGACAUAUUACUAGCAACUGAAAUAAAACAUAAUCAAUCAUAUUGUUUUGCCACAA